AUGUCUUCUCCCAACUCAAAGACUGAUGCCGCCUCUGUCGAGUCAAAGUGCACCACUUUCAGCGACAUUAUGACUGCUCUUGACGAGACCUACGACCGUAUCGCCAGCAUUGGUCCAGAGGACAUCAUCCGUGAGCGCCACGACAGCAUGGACUCUGCUGCUGCUCGCCAGGCCGGCGGCAACAUCGUUGCUUUCGACACCAAGACCUACCUCGCCAACCUCAAGGCUGGCCUCAUCACCCUGAGUCAGAUCCAGGUCGCCACUGGCUCUACCAAGCUGCCUGAGGAGCACGUCGCCGACUGGCUCCGCAUCAACGGCCCCCUCCCUCCUCCCUGGUGCGGCUCGGGCAAGUGCAGCUACCCUCCCUACCCUCUCCCUCACAAGCGCAAGCGUGACGCCGUCGCCGACAACAUCGACGACGCCAUCAAGAAGGUCAAGGGGGUCUUCGUUGCCUUUUUCUGCCAACACAACACCACUGCGGCAGAAGAGACAAUGGUCGAAAAGCAAGAAGACAAGAGCCCGGGUCUGGCCAACCUCGGGGCAACCAUGUACAGCGAGUACGAGAGACUCCCCGGUCUGGCCAACCGCGCAAAAGAGCUCGAGGCUUGGAAGAAGGAGAAGCUCGCAGAGUGGCUUUUCGAAGAGGAGCAGAUCAGACAGGCCCGGUUGGAGAGUGCCGCUGCCGCUGCCCAAGAACAAGAGCAGCAAGAGCGGUCUCGCAGCAUCGAAGGAGGCUACGACCUCACAAAGCUCGUGGGCAGCACCCGGCCCAGCACCCAGGGCUCAGAGAACGAGGAGAGGGAGUCCGAGGAGGAGAACGACGAGAAGGAGGCCGAUAAGGCAGAAAAGGAGGGAUAG